GACUCCUUGAGCCCAGUGCCCAGACGGCUUGCGCUUGGCCUCACCUCCUCUUCUCGUCGAGCGGAUAACAGAACCGAUGUGCAAGCUCCGGCCGGAGCGUCAGGAUAAGAACCGCGCGCCGGCAGGCAGCUGCUCCUGCGACUGCGAGCGCCCGUCCAAUGGCGUCCCUCUCCCCUUCCCUCCACCUCCCUUGCAAUUCAAGAACUGGCUUCCUUGGAAAGACACGUGGGAUUCGUCCUUGUGUUUUCCCUGCUGGAAGAGUUGGAUUUGUCAGAACAGUAGUGGAAUGCAAGGAAUCUAGAAUUGGAAAGCAGCCCAUCGAAGUUCCAUCAAAUGUUACUCUCACAUUAGAAGAGCAGUUUGUCAAAGCUAAGGGUCCGCUGGGGGAGUUAUCUCUGAGCUUUCCAGGUGACUUGAAGAUCGUGAAAGAAGAAUCCGGUAACCUGAGAGUUUAUAAGACUGCAGAGACCAAGAGGGCGAACCAGAUGCACGGACUUUUCAGAACGUUGACAGACAACAUCAUCGUCGGUGUGUCAAAAGGAUUCGACAAGAAGCUUCAGUUAGUAGGUGUCGGGUACCGUGCGGCGGUGGAGGGCAACGAUCUCGUGAUGAACCUGGGAUUCUCCCACCCUGUUCGGAUGGCCAUUCCCGAAGGCCUGGCGGUCAAGGUGGAAGAGAACACAAGGAUCAUCGUGAGCGGCUACGACAAGAGCGCGAUCGGUCAGUUCGCUGCUACCAUAAAGAAGUGGAGGCCACCUGAGCCAUACAAGGGGAAGGGUAUCAGAUACAUGGAUGAAGUUGUCAGAAGGAAGGAAGGAAAAGCUGGGAAGAAGAAAUAGAAGUGUUUGUUUUUUGUUUGUCCUUUCCAUGCUUCAUUUCAUUUUCCCGCUGUAACGGUCCUCGUCUGCUAUGACCGAACCCGAGAAAAAAAGUAUUGUUCUGUGGCUGUGCUGAUCAUGCCAUAUUUAUGUGCACCUUGAGCAUCCCAGUAUCCCACUGUAAUGGUUUC